CUCACUUUCGUGAUGGGAGUAGGACCACUAUCGAACACCCGCUAUGGAUAUCUUCAUUCAAGAUGUCCCUGAAAGUGCGAAUCAGGUCGAGCUACGGAUAUUCCUGAAGGACAAGCUUCGCAGGUUCGACGUCCUGGCUUUCGAUGUCUUCAAACAGGCCAAGAACAAUUGGGCUACCAUCACUGUGGCCAACUUUCACAACGGACAGAGGUUUCUCAAUAAUUAUGGCCGAGGUAACCAUUCAUUGGUAUUUCGGUUCAAGACCCUCAGGUGUAGGAGGAGCAACCGGCCCGGACAGCCUGAAGCUCUCAAGGUCAUCGCGCUGCUUCAUAAGGAGGAGGAGAUGAGGGUGAAGCACUCGAGCAGAGGUCCAAACACGCCGACACCAGGGCCGUCUCAACCAACGUUCAAAUUCCAGACCUUGAUGACUGGGCUCUGGGACUACGAUCGUAUGGGCAAGCUAGUGUUCGACCAGAAGUACAAAGACCCACGCUCGGGUUUUGUGACCUUUGGGAAGUUCGCACUCGUGUUAUAUCUCGAAAAGGGCAGUUAUCAUGGAUACGAUUGGCGCUGUAGGAUCGAUAUUCCGUAUACCAUCUUGGAGCACACAAUACCAUCGAUCACCAAUGGAAAUCGAGGAUCCAUCACGUUCACGCUGAAGUCACCGCCGAAGAUCUAUCAAAUCCAAACAGAGGAAGAUCUUCAUCUGUAUACUGGAGCACAGCCGAACCUCAUACCCAACGGAAUGCCGGACUUUGCACGCUUGGAGCUGGGCACCUCGAACAAACGUGCACAAGUCCCUCGACUUGAACGGCUUUGCGCCCUUCAACGCUCACACGCGAAGAACUCUGCUUUAUGCAUGGUGUACAAGCUGUAUUUCCCAAAUCUGCCACUGGCUUACCAAGCUUUCACUUUCGUCAAGAACGCUUCCGUUCCUGAAGUACACUGGUGGAAAACCAUGGAACCGAACAAGCUUACGGGAACGAUCGAGGCCGAGUACGCUGAUCUCGAGCGUAUCCUUGCCGUUUAUGAUCCAAUUGCGUUUCCAGAGUUCAGUUUUGCUGUCCGCUUUCAACUUCUAGCUCUCGUUCUCGAAGGAACAAUCACGCCACUGAAGAUGAUUGGGCUAGUUCUUGUUGUCCGCAGAAUUUCCCAGCAACAUGGUUCCGAACUUACUGCAAACGCUAUCAGAAAACUCGGACUCCAAGUCUCUACCCCAGCACCAGAUGUUGCGGCAAGUGAAUUCAGUCUGCAAAACUUAACAAGCACGCUCCUAGACAAUAUCCAGAUCCUGAAGAAGGCAGAUGUGACCAAUCGUGGUUUAAGUAAAGGACGAACCAAGGAACAUCUAGCGCUGACGUAUAAGGCCACAAUAACACCGACAGGUAUCAUACUCAGAGGGCCGGAUUGGGGAGUUACAAACCGAGUUCUUCGCAAGUACUCAAAACAUACGGAAUGCUUCAUGAGAGUCUUCAUCGCGGACGAAGACGGCUUGCCGAUAUUUCACGAUCCGCGUUCGUCUCAAUCACAGAUCUACGAACGGUUCCGAACGGUUCUUGGACAGGGUAUCACAGUCGCGGGACGAACCUAUUCAUUUCUUGGGUUCAGUCACGCAUCUCUCCGGUACCAUCAAACCUGGUUCAUGGCACCAUUUGAAGAAGACGGUAAGCUCAUCAUUGCGCGGGAUGUCAUUCAAGACCUUGGUGACUUCUCCAAUAUCCACUGUUCCGCAAAGUGUGCUGCACGUAUUGGACAAGCAUUCUCUGAUAGUAUUUAUGCUGUCGCUAUACCAAACACAUCCUACGUUACAGAGACCAAGGACGAUGUCGAACGAAAUAACCGGUGCUUUUCGGACGGUUGCGGUACCAUAUCUCUGGACUUGCUGCAGAUGGUAUGGAGAUCGCUUCCUCCCGAACGUAGAGAGAGGUGCCCAACCAUUCUCCAGAUUCGUUAUCGUGGCGCAAAGGGAGUUUUGUCACUCGACACCUCCCUCCAUGGCGAACAGCUGCAUAUUCGAAAGAGCAUGACGAAAUACAUCGCACAAGAAGGAUGGAGGGAUCUAGAGCUCUGCGGAGCAGCAUACAGACCAUUAGUCAUGUUUCUCAACCACCAGUUUGUCAAGAUCCUCGAAGAUCUGGGCAUACCGGCGAGGAACUUCAUUGAGGUACAGACUAAUGCUCGUGACAUGCUGGAAAUGGUGAUCAAGCACCCCCUCAAUGCUGCCAGCUUUCUCGACUAUUCAAAUUCUGGCAAGGCCGCAAAGGUCCCCAGACUCUUCGAACUCCUGCACUACAUCGGAGUCCCCUUUCACGAGGACAGGUUCCUGACGGAUAUAAUCGAGGUUGCGGCCAUGUCGAGCCUCAGAAGUUUGAAGUACCGCGCUCGCAUACCGAUCGAAGAAGGCUGUCUUCUUUACGGUAUCAUGGACGAGACUAACACACUGCGAGAGAACGAGGUCUACAUUGUUAGGCAGAUUGAUGACGAAUACAAUCGUCCUAAAGCUAGGCAAAUCAUUGUCCGCGAUCGCAUCGUCAUUACUCGGGCACCAGCGCUGCACCCAGGCGAUAUACAAGUUGUCAAAGCCGUCAAUGUCCCUUCGGAUUGCCCUCUCAGGAACUUACACAACUGCAUAGUCUUCUCACAGCAGGGAGCGCGGGAUCUUCCCUCACAGCUAAGCGGCGGAGAUCUUGAUGGAGAUUUGUUCCACAUCAUUUGGGACAAGCGGCUGAUACCCAACAUGACCGAGUACCCUGCGGAUUACACGGCAGCUCCUCCGCGAGACUUGGGCAGAUCCGUUCAAAGCGAAGAUAUCGUCGACUUUUUCAUCGAGUUUAUGAAGAUGGAUCGCCUCGGGCAGAUUAGCAACAAGCAUAAAAUUCGGGCUGAUAUCAAACCAGGUGGGACUCGGGAUGUUGCUUGCAUCACUCUGGCAAAGCUCGCCUCAGAUGCGGUGGACUUUAGCAAGUCUGGUAAUCCUGCGGAUAUGUCUCAGAUACCUCAUGGAACAGAUCAUAUCAGACCGGACUUCAUGGCUCCUGGCCCAGGCCUUGUGAUCAACGAACUAGGAGCGACAGAGCUAGAAGAACUCGAGGAGGAUGAUAUUGACGAACCGGAUAGUAUCGGUGUCAUGGAUCCAGACAGAGCUAGCACUCGCUACUACAGAAGCGACAAAGUCCUUGGACAACUAUACCGCAACAUCGACGAGAGGACCUUCUUCAACAAGAUGAAAGGCGAAUUCGAAGCAAAGCAAAGCUUCAACGGCGGCGAAUCUCUAGUCGAAAAGGUCGAUCGAUACAUCGACCGCGAGACCCGAGGCUUCCAAUGGGACCACCACCGCACAUUCGCCGAAGACUUGAGAGAAUACUACGAAGAAAACAUGCUCGAAAUCAUGGAUACGCUCCGCCCACAUCGUGGAAAGCCACUCACCGAGCUCGAAGUCUUCUCCGGCAACAUCCUCGGCAAGAAGGAACGCGCUUCUACACGCUACAUCCGCGAAGCCAACCAGGAAGUCAAGGAGCGGUUUGACAGAGACGUCGGCGCCAUUGUUAAGCGGAUUGUGUAUGGAGACGAGGAGUGGGAGGGCGAUGGAGGGCCAGAGGCGUUGCCGCGCGCGGUUGCGUGCUUCAAGAUUGCGCUGGAGACGGAGGGCUGGCAGAAUUAUGUCACGCUGAAGAGCUGGAAGUAUGUCGCUGCUGCGGUGUGCUUGGAGCAGCUUUGGAGGUAUCGGAGAGGGACGUUGAGGCCGCUUUGAUGGGCUUGUGCUUUCUAUGACUUUGGGAUUGAGGCGUUUAGUGGGUGGGGAUUAUCACGCACGAUACACGACGAUUUUACACACGACUUUACGAUGACUGCUCCACACAGACAGACGGUGCUAAUGUUUGCGCUGAGUGUGGCUGGGCUUGGAAGUGGAGUGAGUGGCAAAUACAUACCUAGCACUGCAGAGCAUUAGUAUGUGCACGCUUUCCACUGUAGCCAACAAAUCGAACUAUAUGGCUU